ACUCUCAGUACGACUCUAGUCGCUUUGCCGCUUGGUGCAGGCGCGUCUCACGUUGCCAGCCUCACGGAGAGGGCGAGAGAGGUCUAUCGGACCCACUGAAGAAGCGAAUGCAAAUCCCGCAGACAUGUGGACCAAGUGAAUGCAGUGUUCAGUGACGUAAUAAGUGCAAUCAAAACAGUCGUGGAAGUGACAGUACACGAGCCAUGGAUUCGAAAAGCCCGAUUACGACACACGAAUGGCAUAUACCGCGGCCGACGCUAUCAAGCAAUAAUGGCAGCAUUAGCGACGCGCGCUCCCGCGGCGGCUCCGCCUCCAGCCAAGGCUCGGCGAGUAAUCACAGCACGCACAGCGUGUCUUCAGGGUCGUUGCUACUGAGUGCCGCCCAUUUAGCGCGCCUGAACGGUAGGAAUACACCACAAGACGAAUGCGCGGGUUGUCGAGCGAACAUGGGAAGGAAAACCACCACGAGCACUGCCGUGGUGUCGAUACCAGAGGAGUCACGUGACCCCACCGACACGUAUUGGACUGACGUCAAACGUGGAUCAGUGGCGGGACAGGACGCUGCGUCAGUAGCCAGCUCGACCCAUUUCACAGUCGUCAAUGGGUUCACGAAGCACCGACCCACCAAAGAGCCGAAGUCGUGCUGCUGCGACCAUUCACAUCAAAUAACUGUGCUAGUUAUAUCGAUGACUAUCUUGUUCUCGGCGUGCAUACUUGCGGCUAUAUGCUUCGUUGAAAUGCGAAUGCGCAGUGAGACCGGAAUGUACAAAUACUCCUAAGAAGAUGGAAUAUUGAAGAUUAAAGACGAACACGACUUUUAUACUUGCAAGUACAAAGAAUGAAGCAAUUAUUAUCGAAGAAGAUAUUAUUAUUUAUUAAUAUUAAUAGAUAUGAUUUGUGAUUUCACCCGCGUAAUACCCGUCUCUAUGAGUAGUCAUCGACAUAAAAACCUAUGUUUUUCCAGAUUAAAAUCUAUCUCGAAAAUUCAUUAGUUAAAAUCGGUUCAUUAGUUUUAUGGGAACAAAAAACGUGACACAUUUUUUUUAGAUCAAAAUGUCCUAUCUAUAAAAGCUAAACACAAGUACGAAGCUUUUUAUUUAAGAAACCAAGAACGGAAACUUAAAAAAAAAAAUAACUCUAAAAACCAGACUUUAAAAUUAAAUAAUUAACUUAAAAUUAAAAAAAAUAGGCCAGUGAAUAAAAUUUUUAAAGUUUGUUUAAAACUGAAUUAUAACACAUAUUUUAGAAAAUAACGCAAGAACACAUACAUAUUAUUUGAAACCAAUAAACCAGAAAUGGAUGAGUUAGAAAAUACUAAAUAUCUACAAAGUUAUUUUUAAAGAAUGUUUAAAACUGAGAAUUAAUGCAUUUAGAAAAUAACGCAAGAACACAAUACAUAGUUAAAAUCACUCUACCAGAAAUGCAUGAUUAUGAAAAAACUAAAUAUCUACAUUAUGUUAUUUUUUGCAUAAUAACUAUUGAAAUAUAAAUUAGUUCCUUAGUUAAAUCUUUUGAGGUAAAGAGAAUGGUAUGAGAUUUUUUUAAAUCUUGAAAAAUCUAAUAGUACCAUCCACCUCACUACUCCAUAAAUAACUAUGAUAUUAUUAAUCUACAUUAUUAAUAUUGUUAUAUAAGAGAUAUAUAGAUUAUGUAUAAAGUAAGAAACACUUUAUAGUGAAUAUUUGCCAUAAUACGACAGUAGGGCGACGAAUUGCUUGAUAGUGUGAUAGUGAGCUGAUCUGGUUAAAUAGAGUAUAUUGAAUAAGUGCAAUAUAAUAUUAUAUGUUUUUCAUAUCAAGUUAUAGGAUAAUGUAGUAAAAUUUACAUUAAGAUUAUUAGACUUAGUUAUUCAUUAUUUAUUUUAGUGUUCUAUUUAAUAAAAAAUAUUAAUAAUAAAAACUG